GGGAAGGCGCGUUUCUCUCUAUUGUCGCUGCUUUUCCCUCGCCUCUGGGAAUCGGUCUGUGUUUCGGUAGCCAUCCAGGGCGGGGUAGUGCGCCCCAAAUUAGCGAGGCUCUGCCAAAUACCAGAGGCUCCUCUUUGGAAGAGGAAGGCUCCUCCUUUGGACGUGAGGCGCCCCGACCGGAGCGCGCUCUUGCAGAAACGGAAACCACUAGCCGCGCCGAAGUGAGUCAAGUGAUGAAAUCAAGCCGACUUGGGGAGGAAGCGCCGACAGCUCGCGCAGCCCGCGGGUGACAGAGCUGCGGAACCUGCUCGAGGGAGCCGUGCCAGGCCCCCGUGGCCGCCCGGUCAUGAGGUGGCCCCCGGAGGCACCGGCCCCCCCAGCCUCCGGGCAGCGAACACCUUCGUGUGGGCGAACCCAGGAGGAAGGCACGAAGCGCGGAGGACCCAUCUAGACCUCCCGCCCGCGUCCCCGAGGACGCAGACGGUGCCCUGGUUCCGAGGUGACCCCGGCCACCAGGUAUUACCAUUUAAUGAAACCUGCUUGCCAGCAAAUCCAUGAUAAAAAAUAUAAUUAAAAGCGGAAACUAUAACUGUUAUUUGUCAAGUGACAAGCUUUUAAUGUCAGAAUGACUCAACUAAAGCGACUAGUGAAAUUACAUCUUAAAAGACAUUUUCAUAAAAAGUUCUGGAAGUUUGGUGCAGUAAUUUUUUUCUUUAUAAUAUUUUUGAUUUUAAUGCAAAGAGAAGUAAGUGUUCAACAAUCCAAAGAGGAAUCAAGGAUGGAAAGGAACAUGAAAAAGAAACCCAAGAUGCUUGAUUUAAUGCUAGAAGCUGUACACAAUAUUAAAGACGCAAUGCCAAAAAUGCAAAUAGGAGCACCUGUUAGGCAAAGCAUUGAUGCUGGUGAGAGACCUUGUUUGCAAGGAUAUUACACAGCAGCAGAACUGAAGCCGGUUCUUGACCGCCCACCUCAGGAUUCUAAUGCACCUGGUGCUUCUGGUAGAGCAUUCAAAAUAAUCAGCCUAAGUGUUGAAGAGCAGAAGGAGAAAGAACGGGGAGAAGCACAACACUGUUUUAAUGCUUUUGCAAGUGACAGGAUUUCUUUACACCGAGACCUUGGACCAGACACUCGACCUCCUGAAUGUAUUGAACAAAAAUUUAAGCGCUGUCCUCCCCUGCCUACCACCAGUGUCAUAAUAGUUUUUCAUAAUGAAGCAUGGUCCACGCUGCUUAGAACUGUCCACAGUGUGCUCUAUUCUACGCCUGCCAUACUGCUGAAGGAAAUCAUUUUGGUGGAUGAUGCUAGUGUAGCUGAGUACUUACAUGAUAAACUAGAGGAAUAUAUAAAACAAUUUCCUAUAGUAAAAAUAGUCAGACAAAGAGAGAGAAAAGGUCUGAUCACUGCACGGUUGCUAGGAGCAACAGUAGCAACAGCUGAAACGCUCACAUUUUUAGAUGCUCACUGUGAGUGCUUUUAUGGUUGGUUAGAACCUUUGUUGGCCAGGAUAGCUGAGAACUACACUGCGGUUGUGAGUCCAGAUAUUGCAUCCAUAGAUAUGAAUACAUUUGAAUUCAACAAACCUUCUCCUUAUGGAAGUAACCAUAACCGUGGAAAUUUUGACUGGAGCCUUUCAUUUGGCUGGGAAGCACUUCCUGAUCAUGAGAGGCAAAGAAGGAAAGAUGAAACCUACCCAAUUAAAACACCCACUUUUGCAGGAGGCCUUUUUUCCAUAUCAAAAGAAUACUUUGAAUAUAUUGGGACUUAUGAUGAAGAAAUGGAAAUCUGGGGAGGUGAAAAUAUAGAAAUGUCUUUCAGAGUAUGGCAAUGUGGUGGGCAGUUGGAGAUUAUGCCUUGCUCUGUUGUUGGACAUGUUUUUCGCAGCAAAAGCCCUCAUACCUUUCCAAAAGGCACUCAGGUGAUUGCUCGCAACCAAGUUCGCCUUGCAGAAGUCUGGAUGGAUGAAUACAAGGAAAUAUUUUAUAGGAGAAACACAGAUGCAGCAAAAAUUGUUAAACAAAAAUCAUUUGGUGAUCUUUCAAAAAGAUUCGAAAUAAAGCACCGCCUUCAAUGUAAAAAUUUUACAUGGUACCUGAACAAUAUUUAUCCAGAAGUCUAUGUGCCAGACCUUAAUCCUGUUAUAUCUGGAUAUAUUAAAAGCGUCGGUCAGCCUUUAUGUUUGGAUGUUGGAGAAAAUAAUCAAGGCAGCAAGCCAUUAAUUCUAUAUACGUGUCAUGGACUUGGGGGAAACCAGUACUUUGAAUACUCUGCUCAACAUGAAAUUCGGCAUAACAUCCAGAAGGAGCUAUGUCUCCACGCUGCUCCAGGUCCUGUUCAGCUGAAGACAUGUACCUACAAAGGGCACAAAACAGUUGCCACUGGAGAACAGAUAUGGGAGAUCCAAAAGGAUCUACUUCUAUAUAAUCCAUUCUUAAAGAUGUGCCUUUCAGCAAAUGGAGAGCAUCCGAGCUUAGUGUCUUGCAAUCCAUCAGAUCCACUCCAAAAAUGGAUUUUUAGCCAAAAUGAUUAAGUGUUCCUUAAAAUUAAGGAGUUGAAAAGGAGAUAUUUUUUCUCAUAAAACUGUGACUAGGCAUACACUGUAGUUUUUGAAAAUUAUGCAAAAGCAGCUAAUUGUAACUUAUUCCAAGUGCAUUUUUCUUAUUUAUAUCUUACAAUGUCUCUGUAGCAUUGCUACGGAAAUCCCUUGUUUCCAUUUCAAAGCACAAUAAUUAAUAAUACCAAAGACUCUUUUGACAUGUCCGUAUGUAGGGGGAGAUAUGUUUACAGUAUGAUGAAAAUAAUUUUCCAAGUAAAGUGAUGUUUGUGUGAUUUGUACACUCAAGGAUAUGCACAACUACAUUCACACACUCACAACUUAAAAUAUUUCUUCUAGUUUUGGGGAGAAAGGGAGAAAAAUUUGAUACUGUAUUUUUUUAACUACAUACAAAUGGAUCAAUGAAGGUCAAACAUUGGCCUUUAUACACAAACCAGGAAAUUUUUAUAGAUCUAGAAUUUAUUACAUGAAAAUGCCGGUAAAUGUUUUUGUUGUUUUUUUUCCUUUUGUUUACUGAUCUGUCAAAUGUUUCCUUAAACAUGGAAUUAAAU